AUGGUUAGGAGCAUACAAAAAUUGGAGAAAAAAGUAGAAGAGAUACAAAGGAGUAAAGGAGAGGAAGGGAAGGGGGAAGAAGAAGAAAGAGAGGGCAAAAAGGGGGGAGUAGAAAGGAAAAUAAGAGAGAUAGAAAGGAGGUUGGAGAGGAAAGAAAGGGAGGAGAGAAGGAGGAAUAUAAUAAUAAAAGGAGUGGAAGUGAAAGAGGGGAAUAAAGAGGAAAAGAGGAGAGAGGCAGUGGAAGAGAUCCUGAGGGAGAUUGGAGCGAAAGUAGAGAUAAAGGAAAUCAAAAAGGUAGGGGAGAGUAUGGGAGAGGGGGGAAAAAUGAUAGUAAUUAAAUUGGGAAACGAAGGACAAAAGAGAGAAGUUCUGGAAAAGAAGAGAAGUCUGAGAGGUAGGAGAGAAAGAAUAACAGAGGACAGAACAUAGAAAGAAAGGAAGAUGAAGUGGAAGAUAGAGGAAAUAGCAAGGAAGGAAAAAGGAAGGGAAGAAGAGUAUGGGUAG